CUGUGAUGUUCGGCAAACAUAACAGCAUACAAGUCCAGAGAGAAGCAGAGACAGCACGACUAAGACCAGUAUUUUGAAGACUAUGGAAGAAGUUCAGCAACCGAAGCCAGACGGCGGCACAACUAGGAAGAGGGAAGACUACCUGGAAUGGCCGGAAUACUUUAUGGCUGUAGCCUUUCUAUCAGCCCAAAGGAGCAAAGACCCAAGCUCACAGGUGGGCGCGUGUAUAGUGAACCAGGAGAAUAAGAUAGUUGGCAUUGGUUACAAUGGGAUGCCCAAUGGCUGUGACGAUGAUGAGCUACCCUGGUCCCGCAGUGCUGACAACCGACUUGACACAAAAUACCCUUAUGUGUGCCAUGCAGAGCUGAAUGCCAUUAUGAACAAGAACAGCGCUGAUGUGAAAGGCUGCACCAUGUAUGUCGCUUUGUUCCCCUGCAACGAGUGUGCUAAGCUCAUCAUUCAGGCCGGUAUCAAGGAAGUGGUCUUUCAUUCUGAUAAGUACCAUGACAAACCGGAGAUGACCGCUUCCAGAAGGCUGCUCACUAUGGCAGGCAUAGGUUACAGGCAGUUCAAGCCCAAGAGGACUGAGAUUGUCAUUGAUUUUAAUUCCAUUAACCACCCUGGAAUGCUGAACAGCGCCAAGUGAAAAAGCAAACGGCUCACCUUGGGGAGCUGAAUGAGGCAGGGAGGUAGAGGCACACUGACGAGAUUGAAAGGGACUUUGAUGCCUCUUUUCUGUAUGUCUUCUUGCCCCCCGCUUUGUCCAAAGGAAAACUGAAGGAUACCUUGACUUUGGCUUCUUUUUAUAUUCUGAUUACCUGGAUAUUAAAGAUGGUUUAAUUUGACGCUUGGCCCUUUGUGGAUGGCUGUGGCAGAAGGUCUUUCGAUGCUGCUUUGACACUUUUUUCCCCUUUUAGAACUCUCUCCGGGUUCAGGCAUACACAGGGACUCUGAACACACUUUCUCCAAUGUUUUAAAUAUCUUUUGUGUUGUGAAUCUGAUCUUGUCUCAUCUGUCUGCUUAGGGGAAAACCAGAAAUCAGCUUUGCUUUUUUUUUUUUUUUUUUUUUUUUUUUUUUUUUUUUUUUUCCCUCUCUCGAAGGUUCCAGAUUAGUGUAGAGGCACCUUGACAAUUAGUUCAUUUGACCUUUCACAUUCACAGUGGAAGCUGCAUUCAGUCGUUUCACGAUUUGGUUCAUUCAAGCUGUCUGUCCAACCAGGAAGUAGCUCCUGUUACAUUUUAGUCUGUGUUCUAAUUUUAAGUGUAGUUUUUUUCUUCAGACGGGCAUCUAGUACUGUACUACAGCUCACAUGGCAGCACACCUCUGAGACCUAUGGCAACCAAGGCUAACGCAAUCAUUUAUUUUAUUAACUGAUAAAAUAACACCAGUUUGUCAGAUUAGAAGGAUUAAUGGAGCUGCUUUAUUAGCUCCUCUUAUCUUUACACAAUGUUUCUGUUUCUGGGUGCAUGAUAUGAGUUGUUUUUAAAUUCCCUGUCGGGGAUAUGCAUCUCAUCUUAGUUUUAAUAACCAUUUUACAAUUGUUUUCUGAAAGAUGUUGCUGUCUUCAGUUGGUGAGACAAAGUUUCUGUAAUAUGUUAUUGUCGAAUGUCUUUCUUUCAACCAUAGUAAAAAUGAUGCAGCAGAUUCUGUUCAACACUAUUUUUAUUUUAGAUACAUUUUAUAAUACCAAAAAGAAACGUGUAUCUGUGGUGACUGUUAUACCUAUACUAUUUAAGAUGGAAGCAGUUUAUUCUUUUGCUGUUCUGCUGUCUAACAUGCUGUUACGAGGGUAUGAAGGCUAAUCAUUUUGUCACGUGUGUUGAUUAUGUACAUGUGUGCUUUCACACUAGUAACUGGGGAAACACUUCUCUCAUCCAUCAUUCCUUCAACCAUGCCAGCUGUCAGUCAAUAAAGUGCUGGACCACAUG